ACGCCGGGGACGCGCAUGAUCGGGGACGCGCAUCACCUGACACGCGCAUUGGUCGGAAUCUAUGCAAUAUUAUAGUUAUCGCGAUAGGUGAAUCAUGGAGUCAUAAUCCAUGAAGGAAGCCGUUGAAACAACGAGCAUACAGUUAUAUUUUACCCGCAACCAUCUGGACAAUCUAUCUAUCUUUUUCCCCAUCAUUUUUCUGCCUGAAAAGUUUUGCUCUUGACAGCUAAAUGGACCCAGUAGUUUUGUCUUCACAAAAAGGAAAGUCUGAGGCAAUUUCUGCUCAGACCCAGUGAACUGUCCAUGGCCCGUGUUCUUUCCCUGUUUCGGCCUCAGCCUUUUCUGGCCCACGUGGGCAGAAGAAAACCUACGUUGUGCAAAAUGUCAAUGGACUCACGGGCACGCAUGGUGUUUGCAGCUGCAGUGGAAGCUGUGCAGCCAGACACGGUGGUCCGGCAGAGCAUAGAGCGCAAGGAGGACUUGGUCAUUAUCAAUGGUCACAAAUUUACACUCAAACACAACCUGCAUUUGGUGGGCUUUGGAAAAGCUGUGCUGGGUAUGGCUGCCGAGGCAGAGAGGAUUAUGGGGGAUCAUUUAGUCAAAGGAGUAAUAAGCGUACCUCAUGGGAUGCAGCAGACUUUACAGCAGCAUGGCAAAGACCACCUCUUGUUAAAAGAAAACAGUCGCAUCAGAGUAAUGGAGGGAGCUAAACACAACUUGCCUGAUGUUGAUGCCCAUCAGGCCGCUGAAGGGAUCAAGCAGUUAGCCAGUGAACUGACGGAGAAAGACCUGCUACUUGUACUGAUUUCAGGUGGAGGCUCUGCGCUAUUACCUGCACCCAUCCCACCAAUCUCGUUGCAAGAGAAACACGAUGUUACUCGCAAACUUGCAGGUGCUGGUGCUACUAUUCAAGAACUGAACACUGUGCGACGCGCCCUGUCUUUAUUAAAGGGCGGAGGGCUUGCGCAUUAUGCUCACCCUGCACAGGUGGUUUCACUAAUAUUGUCCGAUGUAAUUGGGGACCCUCUGGACUUGAUAGCCAGCGGCCCAACAGUGCAGAGUGAGGUGUGGCCUGAAGAAGUUUUGUCAGUCCUUGAACGUUACAAACUGUUGAACUCUCUGCCAGCCUCAGUGAAGGAUGUCCUUGGGAGACCAAGUCCCAAGUGGAGGGAGAAAACAGAUGAAUCCAAUACAUCAGGGAAUGUUCUCAACUCUGUGAUUGGCUCCAACAGCGUUGCCCUCAAGUGCGCAGGUCGUCGUGCUCGAGAGUUAGGUUUCCGCCCUGUUGUGCUUGCACUAGGAGUGUGUGGGGAUGUAAGGUCUGUCUCCAGACUAUACGGCCUCCUGGCCCGCUUUGCCUGUUCUGAAGAGGAACCUCCUCCAGAGAUUGCUGCUGAGCUGCUGAGGCUGGGGCCUGAAGUAGGUGUGGAGAGCUGGGACCUCUGCCGUACCAUGCAAGUCUUGGAUGAAGGGCGUACAGAAGGAUGGGGUUCCACGUGUCUGUUAGCUGGAGGUGAGCCCACUGUGGAGCUGACAGGCAAGGGCCGAGGUGGUCGAAACCAGGAGCUGGCUCUGCGAGUAGCACUGGAGCUGAGAGGCCUGAAGCUCCCACCUAACGGUCCGGUCUUCCUGAGUGGUGGAACUGAUGGUCAGGAUGGACCCACUGAGGCGGCAGGGGCCAUCACUGAUGGGGGAUUGUAUGAAGAGGCACACGCACAGGGGCUGGACAUCGACAACAUCCUUACCAACAAUGAUUCUUACACUUUCUUUUCACGUCUUUCUGCUGGGCAGCGCUUACUUGUGCCUGGCCUAACCUGCACCAAUGUGAUGGAUGUGCACAUGCUACUUAUUCCACCAAUUCCCAUUAACAUAAGAUAAAGCACACAAAAUAAAAUGAUCCAAGUCCAGUGGAUCUGGAUAAAUAAAGUUCUCUAUCAGAUUAUCUGACUUGGCAUUGUGGUUCCUGUUUUUUUGACUACACAGACAUUAUUAGCAUUAUGGGAACAAAAGACUUAUAAUUAUUAAUAACUUUCUUAGUGGAAAUAGUGGAUUUGCUGAUUAUUGCAUUUUAAAUCACUGCAAACGUUUUCUUUACAAAUCAGCUCUAGUUAUUGCAGAGUGUCUCUGACAUCAGUAUUUUCAAACACAACACAUUUAAUAUCAAUCAAGCAUUUGCACAAAACUUGCAGUCGUAGUAUCUCCCAGCUUUGUUGCUGGCCUCUUCAGGUAUGUCAAGGUAUCUAAAAUAUGCUGAUGAUUAUGUUCAUUGUUAAACAUUUCUGUAAAUAAACACUGUAGAGCAUGUGUUGUCUUUACCAUUACAUCAGUAUUAAGUGUCAGUUAUAAUAGCAGAUUAUGAGAUGGCUCAUACAAUGCACAUAGAAAGUAUACAACCCCCCCUUUGAAUUUCUCAUGUUUUAUUAUUGUACAUUAAAUCUUAGUGAAUAUAACUACACUUUUUGA